CCCAUCAAAUUCAGACAUCUCACACCUAUAAAUUGGCCUUCUUUCGCUCUACAAUUACACAACGAAGAAAAAUGGAAUUCCACUAUUGUCAGCAACGUUUGGCUUCAGUGCUGCUACUUUGCUUUUGGAUGCUGUUCAUCAGAGCGCACGGAUCGCGCAAGCUCUACAUAACGUAUCUAGGUGACAGAAAGCAUGCACACACAGACGAUGUUGUUGCUUCCCACCAUGAUACACUCUCAAGCGUUCUUGGAAGUAAAGAGGAAUCCUUAUCUUCCAUCAUCUAUAACUACAAGCAUGGAUUCUCAGGAUUUGCUGCAAUGCUAACAGAAGAGCAAGCAGAACAACUUGCAGAGUUACCAGAAGUAAUCAGUGUGCAGCGAAGCAGGAGGUACAAGACAACGACCACACGGAGCUGGGAUUUCCUGGGGCUGAACUACCAAAACCCCAGUGAAUUACUCCGAAGGAGCAACUACGGAGAAGACAUAAUCAUCGGGGUUGUUGACACCGGGAUAUGGCCGGAGUCGAGAAGCUUCCGCGACGAAGGGUACGGGCCGGUGCCGGCACGGUGGAAGGGCGUGUGUCAGGUCGGAGAAGGAUGGGGCAGCAACAACUGCAGCCGCAAGAUCAUCGGCGCGCGGUUCUACCACGCCGGGGUGGACGAGGACGACCUCAAGAUCGACUACCUCUCGCCCCGUGACGUGAACGGCCACGGCACGCACACGGCGUCCACCGCGGCGGGCUCCGUCGUGGAGGCGGUCAGCUUCCACGGGCUGGCCGCGGGCACCGCCCGCGGCGGCGCGCCCCGGGCGCGCAUCGCGGUGUACAAGUCCGUCUGGGGCAGGGGCGGCGCCGGGUCAGGGAACUCCGCCACCGUGCUUGCCGCCAUCGAUGACGCGAUCCACGACGGCGUGGACGUGCUGUCGCUGUCCCUGGGUACCCUGGAGAACUCGUUCGGCGCGCUGCACGCCGUCCAGAAGGGGAUCACCGUUGUGUACGCAGCCACGAACUUUGGGCCUGCGCCGCAGGUAGUCAGGAACACUGCUCCCUGGGUCAUCACCGUCGCGGCAAGCAAGAUUGACCGGUCGUUCCCGACCGUGAUCACUCUGGGGGACAAGCGCCAGAUUGUGGGACAGUCCAUGUACUACUACGAAGGGAAUAACUCAUCAGGCAGCAGCUUCAGACUUCUAGCAUAUGGAGGCCUAUGCACCAAGGAUGAUCUGAACGGCACGGAUGUGAAGGGGAGAAUUGUGCUGUGCAUCUCCAUCGAGAUAUCACCACUUACACUUUUUCCACUAGCAUUGAAAACCGUCCUGGGUGCCGGGGCUUCUGGCCUAAUCUUUGCUCAGUACACGACUGAUCUCCUGGGCAUCACAACGGCCUGCAACGGCACUGCCUGUGUUCUCGUGGACCUUGAAAGUGCAAAUCUGAUCGGCUCGUACAUCAGCGAAGCAAGCUCACCAAUGGCAAAGAUCGAACCGGCACGCACUAUCACAGGAGAAGGAGUAUUGGCGCCAAAAGUAGCAGCAUUCUCCUCGAGAGGUCCAUCGGUUGAUUACCCUGAUAUUAUCAAGCCUGACAUAGCUGCACCAGGAUCCAACAUUUUAGCAGCCAUGAAAGAUCACUACCAACUUGGCACAGGAACAUCAAUGGCAACGCCACAUGUAGCAGGUGUUGUCGCGCUGCUGAAAGCCCUCCAUCCAGACUGGUCCCCAGCGGCAAUAAAAUCGGCCAUUGUCACCACGGCAUCUGUAACUGACGAACGAGGCAUGCCAAUACUGGCAGAAGGAGUGCCUCGGAAGAUUGCUGAUCCAUUUGACUAUGGAGGUGGAAACAUUAACCCAAACAGGGCAGCUGAUCCAGGCCUCAUUUAUGACAUCGAUCCAAGCGAUUAUAACAAGUUUUUUGGGUGCAUCAUCAAGACAUCUGUCAGCUGUAAUGCAACAACGCUACCUGGGUAUCACCUGAAUCUACCAUCAAUCGCUCUUCCUGAUCUCAGGAAUCCAACCACAGUAUCUAGAACAGUGACAAAUGUAGGCGAGGUUAAUGCAGUUUACCACGCUGAAAUCCAGAGCCCGCCUGGAGUUAAAAUGGUUGUUGAGCCAUCUGUUCUUGUCUUUGAUGCUGCAAACAAAGUUCAUACCUUCAAGGUUAGUUUUUCACCUCUAUGGAAAUUGCAAGGGGACUAUACAUUUGGCAGCCUUACUUGGCACAAUGAAAAGAAGUCGGUGAGAAUUCCAAUAGCAGUCCGGAUUACCAUUCAAGAUUUCUAUGCAGAUGUUGCAUAACCUGGGUCCAGGGUGAAACAUGCAGGAAAUAACACAGCGCUCAUAGAAACAAUAGAGUCUACAGGAGAUACCAAUUUCCACAGAACUACAGAAGUAUUGGUUUUGUGUAUUUCUUUAUUACCAGAAUACAAAAAUGUUCAGGUCUAUGUUUGCCAACUUUUGAAAUAUCAUGUACCUGCCCCUCCCACCUAACGCAGCAUGACAAUGACUACAGAUAGUUUCAGUUUUGGUUUCACAAUGCUUACAUGCAAUACACCUAUUCUCUUUGUCCCACAAAAAACCAACCUAGUACCGGAUGUGACAUGUUCUAGUACUACAAAUCUAGACAUACAUAUGUCCAGAUUCAUCGUACUAGAAUAUGUUACAUCUGGUCCUAGAUUCGUUUUUUAUGGGACGGAGGGAGUACACGAUAGAGAUGUGACAACAAGAAGAUGCUCCAACACAUUUUGCAAGCUUAUUUGCAAUCAAAAGUCAAAGUCCCAUAGAUGAUUUUACUUGAUGGAAAUUCCAGCUGUUUGACCAGUAAGCUGUAAAAAGAAGGGAAGAUGACACAAAUCGUGUAUUAUUUAAAGUUUUAUAGCUUGACUUCACCUA